AUGACAUCAUCGUAUCCUGUCAUAUCUUUAAAACCUAGUUAUAACUCUGUUAUUAGAGGCUGUCCCGGUAUUCCUGAUACUUUACCUAGAAUAGAAUGUCAAUUACAAAUUAAAUCUAAUAAUGGAGAUAAAAUAAAUAUUGAAAAAAUUGAAAUUGUUUUAAAGACAGUAGAAGUCUUACAUUCAACAAAUUCAAUUAGUUUACCAUCACCUUCUUCUGUUGCAUCACCGUUUGAUAAUGCUUUUCGUGAAAAUAGUAACGAUAAUGAUCAUCACCUACUAUCAACAAGCAAUAAAAAUAACCAUGAUUUUAGUUCAAAUAGUUCGUUACUUUCAAGAAAUAAAAAGAAAAAAAAUAAAUUUGAAGUAGUAACCGUUCAUUAUAGAAAGAUUAUUAAUUUAAAGACAAAUACAAAGAAAAGUAUGAUAGGAUUAGAUUUACCAUUAACAAUUGCUCUACCUGAUAAUAUUAAAGAGACAAAUUAUAAUGAAAAAUUUGGAAAUUGUAUUACUGCUUUUGAAUGUAUUGUACAAUACAAUUCUAAACAUGUUAAGCAUUUCUCUCAUUUGAUUAAUGUAGAAAGAUUCACUUUUUUACCUUCAAUUAGAUUAUUUCCAGAAAUAAAAAGAAAAAUUGUCUCACCAGAUAAAAAAUAUAUUGUGAAGUACAAAAUUGAUAAUCCUUGUGUCACAACAGAUGAUCUAUUAUCACUCGCUAUCGAUUUUAAACCCGAUCCAAUAGUAAAUGGUUCUCAAGUUCAAAAUAAAGGAAGAUUAUUUAAUAAAAAAGUAAAAUUGAAACAUAUAACAUUUCAAUUGAAAGAAGUAUUACAAAUUAAUGAUUCUACUAAUGCUAAUACAGCUAACACACUUAAUCAUCAUCAUCAUCAUUUAGUGAAUCACCCUCAUUUACCACAUAAUAUAGAGUCUAAGGAGAAUAUAAUUCAUACAUUUACUAAGGAUGUAAAUGAAGUAAUUGCUACAAAUACAAUUCAUGUUAAAUAUGAUAUGAGAAUAUUUACAAAAGAUAAAUAUUUCAGAAAUUUUGAAAGAACUUCUCAAGAACCAGAAUUUUUAUACAAAUUGCCAAAGAAUAUUAAUGAAUCGAAUAAUCAAGGAGAAGUAAAAACUUUAUUAUUACAGAGCAAGAAUAAGAAUAUUCCCUUUCAAUAUCAUGGUUCCAUUACUACACAUGGUCCUUUUUUUUCAGUGCUGCAUUAUUUGACUAUGAAAUUUAAGAUUAGCAAUGGUAAAGAUUUUGAAAUCUCUCAAAAUAUUACAGUUUCUAAAUGGCCAAAGUCAUAUGUGAAAUAUAUAGAGCAAUUAAUAGCACAAGAGAGGCAAACUGCACAGUAUGCUAGGAACUUUUAUGAUAAUUAUGGAGGUAUCGUUGCAAAAAAGAUAGAACAUACAACCACAGGAAAGGAUAAUUCGGAAAGAGUAUAUUCUCAUUCAGACCCCCAAUUAACAAACUCAAAUAUUAUUCUAGAAUAUCCAAUACUGCCACCAUCAAUAUACUAUCAUGAUGAAGAAACAUUGAAAAAGUUCAAUAUUUUAAAUGCAAGAUCGGAUAAAAAAAUACGGCGCAUCCCGAUUAUCGAAUAA